GAUAAAAUUAACUGAUAAGAAUGAUGCGUACCGACUACUUAAUGAGCAUUAGACGCGAACCUUCGCAGACACUUCUCUCAUAAUGUGGAAGCUCUCCGCUAUUCUUCUCGUGGCUGCUGCCUCGGCUGUGGUGAUUCCUGGACACCGUGAAGCCCCAGCUCUCACUGGACAAGCUUUGAUCGACUAUGUCAACUCUGCCCAAAAGCUUUGGACCGCUGGACAUCAAGUCAUUCCAAAGGAGAAGAUCACCAAGAAGCUGAUGGAUGUUAAGUAUUUGGUGCCACACAAGGAUGAGGAUAUUGUCGCUACUGAGGUCUCCGACGCUAUUCCAGACCACUUCGAUGCUCGUGAUCAAUGGCCAAACUGCAUGUCCAUCAAUAACAUUAGAGAUCAAUCUGACUGCGGUUCCUGCUGGGCGUUCGCCGCUGCUGAAGCUAUCUCCGACAGAACAUGCAUUGCCUCCAAUGGAGCCGUUAACACUUUGCUCUCAUCUGAAGAUCUGCUCUCGUGCUGCACCGGAAUGUUCAGCUGCGGAAAUGGUUGCGAAGGAGGUUACCCAAUCCAGGCAUGGAAGUGGUGGGUCAAGCACGGUCUCGUCACCGGAGGAUCCUACGAGACCCAGUUCGGAUGCAAGCCAUACUCGAUCGCUCCAUGCGGCGAGACUGUGAACGGCGUCAAGUGGCCAGCAUGCCCAGAAGACACCGAGCCAACUCCAAAGUGUGUCGACUCCUGCACUUCCAAGAACAACUACGCCACCCCAUAUCUUCAGGAUAAGCACUUUGGAUCUACCGCCUACGCCGUCGGAAAGAAGGUCGAGCAAAUCCAGACCGAGAUUCUUACGAACGGACCAAUCGAGGUUGCCUUCACCGUCUACGAGGACUUCUACCAAUACACCACUGGAGUGUACGUACACACCGCCGGAGCCUCCCUCGGAGGACACGCCGUCAAGAUCCUCGGAUGGGGAGUCGACAACGGAACCCCAUACUGGCUUGUCGCCAACUCGUGGAACGUCGCCUGGGGAGAGAAGGGAUACUUCCGUAUCAUUCGUGGACUCAACGAGUGUGGAAUCGAGCACUCGGCUGUUGCCGGAAUUCCAGACUUGGCUCGUCACAACUAAGGCUGCUAUCGGAACUUUUUUAAAAUAAUUCUUCAGGGAGAUUUCCAUGUGUAUAUUAUGAAAUGAUGAUAAAUAUUUUAUAAUUUGC